ACAAAAACAUUUUCCUCUCUUUUAUUACGCAUAAGCAACAAAAAAAAAAGAAUCAACUAAACAAUUUCAAUUUUUUUUUUGAAAACAAUGGACAAAGAACAAAAACCACAUAGCACAACCGGCCAUAGCCACUCUCCUUCUUCCUCCGCUUCCGGUUCCACCUCAAACGAAACAGUUCGCUCACGAUGGUCACCUAAGCCGGAACAAAUACUCAUACUUGAGUCAAUCUUCAACAGUGGUAUGGUUAACCCUCCCAAAGAAGAGACGGUAAGGAUACGAAAGAUGCUGGAGAAAUUCGGAAAGGUGGGAGAUGCAAAUGUCUUCUACUGGUUUCAAAACCGGCGGUCAAGAUCUCGCCGAAGGCAGCGGCAACUCCAGGCUGCAGCAGCAGAAGCGGCCACAGUCACCAACACUUGUGACCAGACCAUGAUGGUGAGCAACAACUUGCCAGAACAUAGUGGAAGUGAUUUGGGGUUUGGAGGUUGUAGCACUUCUAAUUACUUAUUUGCUAGCUCUUCUUAUGGCGCUGGAUGUGAUGAUCAUAGCAAUAAUGGCAUGGAGAAUCUCUUAACAAUGUCUGGUCAAAUGGGUUACCAUGAAGCUAAUCAGCAUCACUAUAAUUAUCAUAGCUCAAAUGUCGAAUCGAUUUUGUGCCCAUCUGAUCAAAGCUCCAAUUAUCACUACCAACAAGGGUCUAUAAUGGUGUUUAUAAACGGAGUUCCAACAGAAGUGACGAGCGGAGGUAUUGAUAUGAAAGCAACAUUUGGAGAAGAUUUGGUUUUGGUGAAUUCCUCAGGUGUUUCUCUUCCUACUGAUCAGUUUGGGUUUUUGAUGCAUAGCUUACAACAUGGUGAAGCUUAUUUCCUGGUUCCAAGACCGACAUGAACUGGCUUUACUCUUGUGUUAUGUGGUGAUUCAACAGAUGCCUUGUUAUUCUACCUUAGUCUCUAUGGCUGCGGUCCAUCCAUUUUUUUCCUUUUCUUUAUGAAUCUAUCGUGUAAUAAAAGUUUCUUCUGUUGUCUCUUAGUUUUGUAAUUUAAUUAAAUAAAAUACUAAAUGAAGUCAAAAGCUCUUCUGAAACGAAGAGAUUUAGGAUUUGUAUCAGUUUUUUUGUGAUUUA